UUUCCUUUUACAAAUGCAUUUUCUUUUGCUUAAGUUUUUUCUCUUCUCUUACCUCGCCACGCCCUUUCCUUUUGCUCCUUCAAGUCUCAACGCCCAGAUAUCAUUAUUGUAUGUAUAAACAAAAGAAAAAAGAACGUAAAAAAAUCGAUAUUCAUAUCUUUGCUUUCUUACUCAUUUGAUCUUUUUUUUAUUCUCUCAUGUCUCAUCUCCCAGAUGUUAAAAGUUCCUUGCUUGAGACAACUAUAAAGAGAGAGGGAAAAGGAAGACCACUACAGUUGACAAAAAGAGAGAGGGAGCGGGGUGGUGAGCAAAAAUUACUUGAGGCAGUGAAGGGUUGCCUCAGAUCCAGGGAACUCUUUAAAUGAUAUCUGAAGAAAAGUACUAUCCUUUUUAGGGUUUUCCUGUGAUUCUUGGGACAUCACGCGUCUUGAGUUCUUUCUCAUGAGCCUUCUUUUUUUUUCCCCCCUUGAAGUCUUUCUUUUUAUGUUCGAGGAUAAAGGGUUGGUUUCAAAUUUGAUCUAAUUGUUGUUGUCUGAAAGUUCUAUUAUUAUUAUUAGUAUUAUUAUUAUUCUUUGGUUUGUGUGGAUAUUAAUUUGUUUCUCUGGUUCUUUCUGUCAUAACUGUUGUUGGUGGAGGUAGAUAAAGAAGAGUCCAAAGAAGAAAAAGUUGAAAAAUGCAUAAUCAAGGUUUAAAGUAACUAAUUUUGGGUAGUAGUUUCCACAAAUGGAAGUUUGAAUCCACUUGUAGUUGACCAGAUCUGAGAACCCAUUUCCCUUUCACUACCUUUUCUGGCUCACCCAUAAGUUGCAACCCCGAACUUCCAUCCUUUUUUUUGGACACCUUUGAGUUAAUUAAGGCAUGGGAAAUGGUUUUGUUAAAACCCACCAUUCAUAUUCUACUGUCAUUCUAUAAGUCAGAAGAAGGUAGUAGUUUCGUUGAACAAUGACAAGUUGUGUGUUUUUUGAGUGGUUGGGGAGUAACUUUUUCCGCUGCCCAGAUAGGGAUUUUGAUGGAGGAGAUGCGUCCGACAGUCACGGUGCCUUUUAGAUUAGGUAAUUCAGUCUGUCAAAACUCUACCUUUGCUACGUGUAUGGACAUCACAAGACUUAAGCUUAUGGCAAAUCCUGCUGGUUUUGUAACUGAUUCAGUAACCAAGACUACUAACCAGUCAGUUACUGGUGAAGAUAUGGGUUGUAACUGUGCUGACAUGGAGAUCAAGGAAAGUACUAUAAAGUUGCCACUGACAGAAGAGGUCCAGGAAGAAGGAGCUACCUCCUUAGAUAUUAUAUCUGAUAGUAAAGUUAGUUGGAUUGCUAGUAGUGAUGUUAUAUCCCAAGAAAGUGAAGAAGACGAUUCUUACUCUUUGGAAGGUGAUCGUGUUCUUGAUAUUGAUAGCUCUUGUUCAAUAUCAUUGGCAAGUGAGACUAGUAGCCUUUAUGGAGAAGAUUUCCUAGGUGUUGAUGCUACUUCUGAGAUAGGAACUCCUAUUUCAGUGGACAACGAGAAAAACAUUUGCUGUGUAGAUAUUAUUGCAAAGGCCACCAAGUUUUUGGAGUCAAACAUUGACACAGAGGUCGCAAGCGAUCCCCUUGCUGUGGCAAUAAGCCUUGGGGAAGAGAUUGGAGAUGGGUCUGAACAGAAGCCAUCUGCAGUGGUUCUUCAAUUGGCUUUCGAAAAGGAAACAAGUACAGCAGUUCCGGUUCCACGUAGUGUGUUUGAGGUGGAAUAUGUGCCUCUUUGGGGAUUUACCUCUAUAUGCGGAAGGAGACCUGAAAUGGAAGAUGCAGUUGCUGCUGUGCCUUGGUUUUUAAAUAUUCCAAUUCAGAUGCUAAUUGGUGAUCGGAUAUUUGAUGGCCUUAGCAGGGGCUUUGCUCAUCAGACUGCUCACUUCUUCGGGGUCUAUGAUGGUCAUGGAGGCUCACAGGUUGCAAACUACUGUCGGGAGCGUAUUCACCCUUUGUUAGCUGAGGAAAUAGACUUUGUUAAGGAAUGCUGGAGUAAUGCAAGCAUAAAAGGUAGUCGCCAUGAGCUGUGGAAAAAGGCAUUCACGAAUUGUUUUGUUAAAGUUGAUGCUGAGGUUGGAGGACAAAGUAGUCAAGAACCUGUUGCCCCAGAAACAGUUGGUUCUACUGCUGUUGUUGCUCUAAUUUGUUCUUCUCAUAUUAUUAUAGCAAACUGCGGAGAUUCAAGAGCUGUUCUAUGUCGUGGAAAAGAACCCAUGGCUUUGUCCGUGGAUCAUAAACCAAAUCGAGAAGAUGAAUAUGAAAGGAUUGAAGCUGCCGGAGGCAAGGUUAUCAGAUGGAAUGGGCAUCGAGUUUUUGGUGUUCUUGCAAUGUCAAGGUCCAUUGGUGAUAGAUAUUUGAAGCCAUGGAUCAUUCCAGAGCCUGAAGUAAUGUUCGUUCCAAGAGUGAAAGAAGAUGAAUGCCUUAUUUUGGCCAGUGAUGGUCUAUGGGAUGUUAUGACAAAUGAAGAAGCAUGUGACCUGGCCCGAAGACGAAUACUGCAAUGGCACAAAAAGAACGGUGCUACAUUGACUUCAGAAAGGGGUGAGACAAUUGAUCCUGCUGCUCAAGCCGCAGCAGAAUACCUUUCACACCGUGCUCUCCAGAAGGGAAGCAAGGACAAUAUCACUGUACUUGUGGUGGAUCUGAAGGCUCAAAGGAAGUUCAAGAGUAAGACAUGAUGGUCUCUCAACCGUCCUUGGGUCUUCAAUCUUGCCAUUUGACAUAAUUUCAUAUUGUUCAAUAUAGUUUUUCCAA